UUGCAAUAUGCCAUGAACACGUAUCCAAAGUUGAUAUAAAGAUUGAUGAAGCACAAGAAAUCCAACUAUUACAUGAUGGAAUCUGGGGUCAUAUCUGCCUUUAUACAUCAGCGCCAGAACUCAUUGGUAAAGUGUUAUGUCGUCAACUCGGAGAAGAUGGAACAAACGGACAAAUCAUUCAAAUUCCAAGAGACCAUAAAUGGGCACAAGAGUUACCAGUUUGGCAUCAAAGGGCUCAGUGCUAUGGCAACGAGAGUCAUAUACAACAAUGUCAACAUGACAAACCAGAUAUAUCAUUCCAAACUGUGUGUUCGGCUACUAAAAUUAGCACACUCACCUGUCAUAAAAUUCCAAUAAUUCUAAGAUCAAAUAACAAGGCACUUCAGUUUGGAAUCGUUGAAGCUUACAUUGCAAAAAGAUGGCUUCCAGUUUAUAGAACAAAUCAACACGCAGUUCGGUUAAUCUGUCAAGUUAUUGGACUGGAUUCAAGCUAUGCUCAGUUGCAUUAUGUUGAAAUCCAACGAGGAUCUUAUAAUUUAUUAAAUUACACCCAAUUUCCAAUCAAUAUUCAUUGCAAAGGAACAGAGCAUACAUUAGAAGAAUGUCAAAUAAAGUUGACAUAUAUGAGUUUCUCGGGGACUUGGGGGAUGGACUCAGACCUUUACUCCACAAAACUUGCAGGGGUUCGAUGCCCUAAGCUCGAAAAUU